AUUUUGGAUAUCAUUUGAAAACGAAAACUAAACAUAAAUAAAAGCUUUGAUCUCUUUCAAUACUUUUUCAAGUAAAAAAAUAUGGUAUACAUUCAUAUUCCAGAAGCUCUUACUGAAGAAGAGCAAAUGCUUAUGGCAAAAUAUGCAAAACUGAAGAAAAAAAAAAAACAACUACAAGCUCUGAAAACUAAACCAGAACCUGAAAAACCAAUUCCAAAACGACCGAAAGAUGCACGUGAUGCUAGAGAAGUUGCUCGUAAACUAAUUAAAUCAGGAAACAUCAAUAUCUCAAAACCGGAUGCACAACAGGUACAGUUUAAAAGACCUAAAGGACAAGAACGAAAGAAAACUCAGCUAGAACCUGCUUCAUAUCAUCCAUUUGCAACAUCAACUUCAACAGAGGAUGAAGAAAGUACAUCUUCAAAAUCACCAUUGCCAACUCCUGAUAAACCAGACGGAAAUCGAUCAAUUUCAUUCCUCUAUCAACAAUUUGAAAAAGAAAAGGAAGGCGACAAAAAAUCCAAUGCAGCACAUAAGGAUAAACCGAAAACUGGAUACACCAUUUAUGUUUCCGGAAAAACAAUCACGGAGGAUUUCUUAAAGAAACAUUUCAGCGAAUAUGGAACGAUUGUUAAUGUUUCGAUGGAAAUUGAAAAAGGCAAAGGAUUUGUUACUUUUUCCAAAACAGAAGCAACAGAUCGUGCAAUUGUUGAAAUGCAUGGCAAAAUGAUCAACGGGAUUCAAUUGACAGUCUCAUUAGCAAGGAAACAACCUCAAAUUGAACCAAUCAAUGACGCAAGCUCUUCGGCAGUUUGGAGUACUUUGGCUACAAGUCAAUCUCAGAAGGGAAAUCAUAAGGAUAAACGUGAACUUGUAGUGUAUGAUGACACUUUUGCAUAAAAUAUUCAUAUUUAGACAGAAAAAUUUAAACAUUGAUUAUUAUAAAUUGUAAAAGUUUGUUUUUAAAUUGAAAAGUUUCUGCAUAAAUUUUAAAAUUUACUUAAAUUUUGGUUCACGGAUCAUCUUAAUCCAAAAACCUGAAAAGGAAUCAGUGUAAUCCUAUAGGUUUUUAAAUCUCGGCAAAAGAUGGCGCUCUGUCUAUUUCUUGCGGCAGUUUUGUUCAUUAUUAUACUCUCACUAAGCUAAUGUCUUCUGUUUAAGAAGAAUAAAGAAAACCAAUGAUAGUAACAACAUACACAUAAAAUGUUAUAAAAUCAUUCUUUUUCUUAUGAGUUUGGUGGAAAAAUCAGCGAAGCAGAAAUCCGCUCCAUCGUUCACAAGGCUCGAAGAACUUUCCACCUUUAUUUUGGUUUUUUUAUUCAACUGAAUUAAGCUAAGAAACUCAAAAAUAUUAUGGAAUUUUGUAUCCAUUAAACCCUAAUAAUUUUCAUUUUGAUAUUGCGUUCUCUGAGUUCAUUAACAUCUUAAAUUCAUUACUCAAAAUCUUUAAUUAAUUGUCUUAAAAUUAGUUAACAUCAGAA